GAGGUGGAGACGGCUAUCGUAGAGCACCGGGCGGUGGCCGAAGCGGCCGCUGUGUCGGCCCCGCACGCCAUCAAAGGGCAGAGCAUUCAUGUGUUUGUCGUCUUGAAUAACGGCUACGAAUUGAGCGCAGAGUUGGAAAGGGAUAUAAAACGCAGAGCGAGGGAUAGGAUCGGAGCGCUUGCGGAACCCGAUGUGAUCCGAGCGGUGAGCGGACUCCCGAAGACUAUGUCGGGGAAAGUUAUGCGAAGAAUACUCCAUAAGAUUGCGGGAAAUGAGUGCGAAUUGGGCGACACCUCCACUCUGGCCGACGACACCAUUCUCGACGAACUCUUCGCUAUCUCUGGCGUUAAACGUUGAAAAUAACGACACAAUUAUGUAUUCAUUUACU